GGCGCGCAGGUGACAGCUGAGGCCUACCAUGCAGGAGCCCCUGCUGGGUGCCGAGGGCCCGGACUAUGACACGUUCCCCGAGAGCCCGCCCCCUUCGCUGGGGGAGAGGACGCGGGUCGGGGCCCUGCAGAACAGGAGGGUGUUCCUGGCCACCUUCGCUGCUGUGCUGGGCAACUUCAGCUUCGGCUACGCCCUAGUCUACACGUCCCCUGUCAUCCCGGCCCUGGAGCGCUCCUUGGACCCAAACCUGAGUCUGACCAAAGUCCAGGCAUCCUGGUUCGGGUCCGUGUUCACGCUGGGCGCCGCGGCGGGAGGCCUCAGCGCCAUGCUGCUCAACGACCUGCUGGGCCGGAAGCUGAGCAUCAUGUUCUCGGCGGUGCCCUCGGUGGCCGGCUACGCUCUCAUGGCGGGGGCCCGCAGCCUCUGGAUGCUGCUGCUCGGGAGGACGCUGACGGGCUUCGCCGGGGGGCUCACUGCGGCCUGCAUCCCGGUGUACGUGUCUGAGAUAGCGCCCCCGGGCGUGCGUGGGGCUCUGGGAGCCACGCCCCAGCUCAUGGCGGUGUUUGGAUCCCUGUCUCUCUACACCCUCGGCCUCCUGCUGCCGUGGCGCUGGCUGGCCGUGGCUGGAGAGGGGCCCGUGCUCGUCAUGAUCCUGCUGCUCAGCUUCAUGCCCAACUCGCCACGCUUCCUGCUGUCACGCGGCAGGGACGCUGAGGCCCUGCAGGCGCUGGCCUGGCUGCGCGGGGCCGAUGCCGACAUCCGCUGGGAGUUCCAGCAGAUCCAGGACAACGUCCAGAGACAGAGCAGCCGCGUGUCGUGGGCCGAGGCCCGGGACCCGCACGUGUGCCGGCCCGUCGCCAUCGCGGUGCUCAUGCGCCUCCUGCAGCAGCUGACGGGCAUCACGCCCAUCCUGGUCUACCUGCAGCCCAUCUUCCACGGCACCGCCGUCCUGCUGCCCCCCGAGGACGAUGCCGCCAUCGUAGGAGCCGUGAGGCUCCUGUCGGUGCUCAUCGCGGCCCUCACCAUGGACCUGGCCGGCCGCAAGGUCCUGCUCUUCGUCUCCGCCACCGUCAUGUUUGCUGCCAACGUGACGCUGGGGCUGUACAUCGAUUUGGGCCCCAAGCCUCUGGCCCCGAACGUCACCGUGGGCCUCUCGAGUGAGCCCUUGGGGGGCACAGAGCAGCCGCCGGCCAUGCCCACCAGCCCCCUCACCCUGGUGCCGCUGCUGGCGACCAUGCUCUUCAUCAUGGGCUAUGCCAUGGGCUGGGGGCCCAUCACCUGGCUGCUCAUGUCCGAGAUCCUGCCCCUGCAGGCCCGCGGCGUGGCCUCGGGGCUCUGCGUGCUGGUCAGCUGGCUCACCGCCUUCGCCCUCACCAAGUCCUUCCUGCUGGUGGUGAACGCCGUCGGCCUUCAGGUGCCUUUCUACUUCUUUGCGGCCGUCUGCCUGGUGAACCUGGUGUUCACUGGCUGCUGCGUGCCCGAGACCAAGGGCCGCUCGCUGGAGCAGAUCGAGUCCUUCUUCCGCAGCGGGAGGGGGUCCUUCCAGCGCUAGGCCAGGGCGCCACCCACCCGGGGGGCCAGACCACAGCAGCCAGGCCUCCGAGGCGGCCACUGACCUGCACCCGCGUCCGGAGGAGGCAGCGGCCAGCCGUCAGCCACACGCAGGCCGCCAGAGCCAGGGCGGGGCCCCUGAGCAUGCCUUCCAGCGCAGGAUGGCCAGCAGCACUGUCCGGCUGGGCCCCAGCACAGGCGGCCUGAGGUGCGGCUCACACGUCGGCCAAGACCCACGGGCAGAGGCGGCGGCGGCCACGCCACAGGGGAGCGCAUGGCCUGGUCUGCAGACAGAGCCGAGCUGGACGCCCCUUGAAGGGCUGUGACGAGGACAGAGACAGGGCUGGGAGCAAGGGAGCGGCUCCCACAGGGACAGCCCCUGGUCACCCUGUCCUGACCACUUGGCUGCCAUCAGGCACCACGGCUGCGGGGAACAGGCAGGAUCUGCCCCUGGGGACCUGCGAAGGCCAUAGGCAACGUGCCCGACGCCCCCUGGCCAGCGCACGGGACCCCAGCCAACACUACUCCUGCCCCAUCCCGGCACCUGAGACUGGGCCCCUGAGCGCCCCCGUCUGCAAGCCGCG